AUGAAAGCGCCCAUUGGGAUCAUUGGCUCAUCCUGCCGCCUGCCUGGCGGCUGCAACACGCCUUCCAAGCUAUGGGACCUCCUCAGCGAUCCCAAAGACGUGCUGAGCACGUUUCCGGCCGACAGGCUAAAGCUGUCAAACUUCUACCAUCGAGAUGGCGAACAUCAUGGCAGCACCAACGUCAAGAAUCGCUCCUACCUGCUCUCAGAAGACAUUCGCAUGUUUGAUGCACCUUUCUUCAACAUCAACCCCCUCGAGGCUGAUGGCAUGGAUCCCCAACAACGCUUGCUCCUCGAGACAGUCUAUGAAGCAUUGGAAUCUGCAGGCUGCUCACUGGAGCAAGUCAAGGGUUCCCAGACAUCUGUCUAUGUUGGUGUGAUGAAUGCGGAUUAUUUUGAUAUGCAGUAUCGCGAUACUGAGACUUUGCCCGUGUAUAACGCUACGGGUACGGCUCGGAGUAUCCUAUCCAACCGUAUUUCAUAUUUUUUCGACCUCAAAGGACCGUCUAUGACGAUUGAUACUGCCUGUUCAAGCUCUCUGGUUGCCUUACACAUGGCUGUGCAGAGCCUGAGAGAUGGAGAAUCAACAAUGGCUAUUGUUGCUGGCGCGAACCUCUUGCUUGAUGCAUCCAUGUAUAUUGCAGAAUCAAAGCUGCAUAUGCUCUCCCCUGAUUCUCGAUGCCGGAUGUGGGAUAAGGAUGCUAAUGGCUAUGCUCGUGGUGAAGGAUUUGCUGCUGUUGUCCUCAAACGCUUGUCUGAUGCAGAAGAGAACAACGACAAUAUCGAAUGUAUUGUCAGGGAAACAGCGGUUAAUUCUGACGGGCGUACAAAGGGUAUCACCAUGCCCAGUUCUGCGGCACAGGCAGCUCUCAUCCGAGAGACAUAUCACAAGGCAGGGCUGGACCCGGAGCAGGAUCGUUGCCAGUAUUUUGAAUGUCACGGCACCGGAACAGCAGCUGGUGACCCCGUGGAAGCCAGAGCGAUCCGAGAUGUGUUCUUUCCGAACGAGGAUGCCACGAGACGCGAGGGUAAAUUGCUCGUUGGGUCGAUAAAGACCGUUAUCGGCCACCUGGAAGGGACAGCCGGUCUGGCAGGAGUACUCAAAGCAUCGCUAGCCAUCCAGAACCGAACGAUCCCACCAAACAUGCAUUUCAAAGAACUAAAUCCCGAGAUCGUUCCAUUCUGCAACAAUCUCCAAGUGGCUACCAGUCGGAUGCCAUGGCCAGAAGUAGCGGGUUCUCCACGACGAGCCAGUGUGAACAGUUUUGGUUUCGGUGGAACAAACGCACAUGUUAUCCUUGAAAGCUAUGAGCCAAAGGUCGAGAAGACGGAGCGAAACGGCCAGGACAGUCUAUUCGUGGGUCCGCUGACCUUUUCCGCAAACACAGAAGCGUCUCUGUUGGCGACUGUGACGGACUUUGCAGCGUAUCUCAAGCGAAAUGACUCGGUGAAUCUGGCCGAUCUGGCGUGGGUUUUGCAGCUCCGGCGUUCUCACCUGCCCUUCAAGAUGUCUUUCUCUGGAGCUACCCGGCAGAGGGUCUUGGAGGCAAUUGAUCACUAUUUGGAAAGCGCUGAGCGUGCAGUCGUGCGUUCACGCGGCUCAAACGAGGCUCCGGGAAUUCUCGGUAUUUUCACCGGCCAAGGUGCCCAGUGGGCGUCCAUGGGGCGGCGCCUGAUCGAGUCCUGCCCGUUAUUUAGGGAUUCGAUCGAACAGUGCGAGGCAUCUCUGGCCGGUCUGGGUGACGAGGCGCCCAAGUGGUCACUGAUGGAGGAAUUGAUGGCCGAUGCAACGAAUUCGCGCCUGUCUCAGGCUGCAUUCUCGCAGCCUCUUUGCACCGCUCUGCAGAUUGCCUUGGUAGAUCUCAUGUAUGCGGCUGGCAUCAGAUUCCGAGGCGUUGUCGGUCACUCGUCCGGUGAGAUUGCUGCUACCUAUGCAGCUGGCAUAAUCUCUGCCAAGGAUGCCAUCCGGAUUGCUUACUACAGGGGAUAUCAUGCCAAGCUGGCAGGUGGUGACAAUGGUCAAAGGGGAGGCAUGAUGGCUGUUGGCCUCUCUUUUGAGGAUGCGGCUACCCUCUGCAAGCAACCUGCUUUCUCUGGUCGCCUGUGUAUUGCUGCAAGUAAUGCCAGGGGCAGUAUCACCCUUUCAGGUGAUCUGGAUGCUAUCGAACAGGCCAAGAAACAGUUAGAUGAGCAGAAGGUUUUUGCAAGACAGCUCAAGGUUGAUACAGCGUAUCAUUCCCACCACAUGCUUCCAUGUUCCGCAUCUUAUUUGAAAUCUCUGAAAGCCUGCAACAUCCAGGUGAGCCCUCCAAAGGAGGACUGCGUCUGGGUAUCCAGCGUGCGCGGAGAUGCAGAUCUUCUUGACGGUGACUUGAGCAUCAUUAAAGGUGAGUACUGGGUGGAUAAUAUGGUGAAAACGGUUCUCUUCUCUGAAGCAGUGGAAUAUUCUCUAAGGAGGGCUGGCCCAUUUGACAUUGUGACCGAGAUUGGUCCACAUCCAGCACUCAAAGGCCCGACAACACAGGUCAUCCAGGAAGCGUUGGGAUCACCCCUGCCAUAUACUGGGUGUAUGAAGCGAGGGGACGAUGAUGUCGAGGCAUUUUCGGCUGGUGUGGGCUACCUAUGGUCUCAUCUUGGGUCGUCUUCUGUGGACUUUGAUGGCUAUCAUCGAGCAUACUAUAAGGCAAACCCGCCCACGCCCAAGAUGCUGAAAGGCUUGCCUUCAUACUCCUGGGAUCAUGGCAGAGUCUAUUGGAAGGAAUCCCGCAUUUCCCGAAAUUUCCGUCUGCGCGAUAAUAAGCCCCACGAGCUCUUGGGGCGACGAGUCCUAGAUGACUCAGAAUAUGAGAUGCGCUGGCGCAAUAUUGUGCGACUCAAUGAAGUUUCCUGGAUCGGAGGUCAUGUCUUCCAAGGCCAGGUCCUUUUCCCCGCAGCAGGCUAUGUGGCAAUGGCAGUGGAAGCCUGCAAAACGGUUGCAGACGGACAUGCGCUCAAAAUGAUUGAACUGCAAGACAUGAAAAUAUUCAAGGCAACAGUCCUUAAUGAGGGCCAUGCGGGAGCGGAAAUGAUAUUCACCCUUCGUCGGCUUGCUAAGAAUAUUCCCAUAGGGAAUCAUCCCCCCGUGCGGGCCGAGUUUGCUUGCUAUGUCUGCUCAGAGGAGGGAGCAGGUACGAUGGAGAUGACAUGCUCUGGCCAACUUCAGAUUCAUUUUGGAGAGCCAUCCGAUAAGAAGCUGCCGACAAAGCCCCCAGGUCCGCCGAAUCUUGCUCCAGUGGAGAUAGACCGAUUUUAUUCGAACCUGGAACGGGUAGGUCUUAACUACCAAGGGCUUUUCAGGAAGAUGGACCUGCAAAACCGGGCUCUCAGAUAUGCAUCUACGUCUGCGUCCUGGGAAGACGAGGAACUGGGCCACGAUUAUACGCUCCAUCCGUCACUCCUAGAUGUGGCAUUCCAGGCGGCGUUUGCGGCACAUUCAUCUCCGUCAAGUGAUGGCAUGUGGACGCCGUUUUUGCCCAUUGGGAUCUCUCGGUUGCUACUAAGUUUGAACCAAGCGCCUCAAGCUAUCGCGGGACACGUUCGACUAGAUACAACUGCAUUUAUCACCAGUAUGUCUGCUUCCGGCUUCGAAGCCGAUAUUCACGUCUCUCUUCCUGGCGAGAAGCAUGCCGGGAUCCAAAUCGAGGGCUUAACAAUGAAAUCCGUGGAUCAACCAACAGCUUCGAAUGACCAGUAUGUUUUUUCAAAGACAGAGUGGGAUGUCGAUCUUUCGACAGGACUGGCCCCCUUCGGUGAAGAGAAUAGCCGGGAUCCGCGUGAAUUGGUUGAAGUACUGGAACGGGUGUGUCUCUUUUACUCCCGCAGGCUUGUCGCCGAGAUCGCGAUGGCGGAGACAAAGAACUUCAAAUGGUACCAUCAAUAUUUCCUGCAUUCGCUUCACCAUUACCUGGAUUCCAUCUGCAACGGAAACCAUUGCACUCUGAAGAUGGAAUGGAUGGAAGACACUCCUGAAACAAUCCAAGCACUAACAGCACAAUACCCUGGACAAAUCGACUUGGCUAUGGUGCAUUCCCUGGGUGAGAGUCUUGUCGCCAUUUUCCGGGGUCAGAAACAGAUCCUAGACGUGCUGAUGGAGAACGACAAGCUCCACCGAUACUACAUGGAAGGAUGUAGCUUCCGGCUUCUCAACCAGCACAUGUCGCGAGCAAUCCGCCAGAUCACUCACAAGUACCCACAAGCACGAUUGCUCGAAAUUGGCGCUGGUACUGGCGGAACCACGAAGAAUAUCUUGGAUACGAUUGGCAAUGCCUAUUCUUCAUACACCUAUACGGAUAUUUCUGCCGGCUUCUUCCCACGAGCAGCUGAGAAUUUUGCACAGCAAAAGGGCAAAAUGAUAUUCAAAACACUGGAUAUCGAAAGGAACGUUCGUGAGCAAGGGUUUGAAGAGCAGUCGUAUGACAUCAUUAUUGCUUCCAAUGUGCUGCAUGCUACUCGUAACCUGUCCCAGACGAUGCAGCACGUGCGCUCUCUCCUUCGGCCAGGUGGCUAUCUCGUCCUGACGGAAGUGACCGGUGAUCUGCUGCGCACCACCUUUCUGAUGGGUGGCUUCGAAGGCUGGUGGCUGGGAGUGGAUGAAGGUCGGCGGUUUGGACCAGGGAUCUCGCCUGUCCAAUGGAACGAGCUCCUCCAAGAGACUGGAUUUUCCGGCGUCGAUUCUGUUGUGCACGACCAGCAAGAAAUCGAGUGGCAUGCUACAUCUUUCAUUGUCAGUCAGGCGGUGGAUGAGAAAUUCGAGAUCCUGCGUGACCCUCUUUCGUCAGUGAGCAGCAUCCCUCCCACAGAACGGAUCUUGGUCAUUGGCGGCCAAACAUUGCCAAUUUCCAAGUUGUCUAGAGACGUUCAAAAGUUUCUUUCUCCCUGGAAGCGCUUCAUCACCGCCGUGACCAGCAUCGACGCUCUGGACAAGACAGCCUUCUCGGCGUCAACCUCUGUCAUCUCUCUCACCGAGCUAGACAGGCCGCUUUUCGCAGAUCCAAUGACCUCAGACCGAUGGCAAAAGUUCCAGGAUGUCCUCAGCAAAUCCGUCAAUGUCCUGUGGGUUACAGCAGGUCGCGCGAGUGAAAGUCCACAUUCGAACAUGGUGGCCGGUAUUGGACGGGCUCUCCAAACGGAGAUGCCUCAGCUGAACUUGCAGCUGCUGGAUAUUGGCAAGGCGACAAAUCUCAACUCUAGACUCAUAGCGGAGGCAUUCCUGAGACUAAUCGUCUCUAAUAUACGCGAGUAUGCCGAACAUGACAUGCUCUGGGAGAAGGAGCCGGAAAUCACGUUCGACAACGAUCGGAUUCUCAUUCCCCGCGUGAUGCCCAGCAAGACGCUGAACGAUCGAUGG